AUUAUUGAGCUUAAAAAUCUAAAUGAUGAACGUAAACAUCAUUUCAAGUUAUUACAAGACAAUAAUAAGGAGAACAAGCGGAAAGAUGCCAGCGACAAUCCUCUUAAUUACAUUAUUAUGUUAAAUAUAGACAAUAUGA